UAGGCGCCUUGGUUCUGCGGUCUCAAAUUUUGCGAUAAGCAGCAGAUUAAAUUCGGCCAACUUGUAAUUUUUUACUCUCUAUAUCCACCGUUUCACUAUUAGGUGUUGUUUUAUUACUUUUAACGUUAACCUGGAACGAUCAUUGUUGUAAUAUCAAUCGAAAGAAUAAUUUUUUACAAACAAAUAUGUCUGCUGAAGAGCUUUUUCGCGAACUUUGCGAGGAAAUGAAGUCUUCCACGGCUGAAAUGUUGCAGAACGCAAAACCCUCGCAAGUGGAUAUAUCCGAAGACCCUUGUGAGUUUGUGGAGCUAGUUUCCGCGAGUGCGCCUGAAAAGCCACAUAACCGUGACGAUGUGGAGCCGGUAGUGUACAACCCGCCAGAUAUGAAAACGCCGGCUCAACUAAUGGACGAGAUAAAGCGGGAACUAGCGAGGGUAAACGCGAUGCUGAGGGAGAAGAAGGCAAUCUGUGCGAAAUUGGACGGACCAUGCUACGAUGUGGCCACACCGGGUUUCAACAUUGCCAAGGCUCUGGAAGGCGAUUCCGAUGAUUCUAGUGAUUCUGAUGAUGAUUUGCGAAGUGCGGAUUCGGAAUCGUCUGGUAAAGUUGAUCCACAGGCUCAGCGCGAGUUUGAAGAACGUAAGCAGAAAAUUGCCGGCAGUAUAAAACAUGUACAGAAAAAGGUAAAGGAAAUGAAGAUUUCUAUCAAUGCAACCAAUGUCGACAAAAACAAGAACAGUACUCUUGUCAGGAGCGAUAGUGUAUCUAGCGUUCAGUCUGGCACCUCCAGCGUUAAAAGUGGCAAGAACGCUAGAUUUAAAAAGGGAACAAUCAAAUUUCAUCAUUCUCAAAAUAAGCAAAAUGACACAAAAUCCACUGAUAAACAUAUGAAAACUCGCACACCUGGUCCAUCUGGGAGCGGCCUAUUGCUUGAAGCCUCUUCGUCAGACAAUGAGUUGCUACUGACACUAUUGAGUCUUUCAGUUUCACAGCGGGAAGUCUAUCUGACCAAUGUUGGCAGAGAACGCUUGCUGUUGGUUCCUGCUACGAAUGGGAAAGGUUUCGAGAUCAAUCCUGUAUUCAAAUCAAUGGCGAGUGGCCUAAAAUCUCGUGCUCUGAAAUAUUGCUACGGAAAGAAUGCAAAGCAGGAGCCACAAGAACCAGUUCCAAGGCCAUCCGUAGCCGUUCAAGAAAUCGGUAAUAAUCAGCUGACGAAAAAAGUACGCGAGACGCAUACAUUCGAGGAAGAAGUAUCUUUGUUGUUGAAUUCUAACAGCCAGCAAGCAACGAGUCCCGAUAAGAAAGCCUUCCAGGAGGAGCUAACGUUGAGGAACGUUUCUGAGGCGGAUGUGAACGGCUAUCUUACCCAACCGAACGAAGCAGCGCUGGCCAAUUUCGUUGCCCGACUUGUGACCCGGGGAGUCGGUUAUCUGAUCGAGGGUGUCACUCGGAUUAACGGUAGAAAUGUAACGCAGGCUUUCGUGAACGAUCCCACUCGGGAUUCGGAUGUGUUCCUGAAUACGAUUUUGAUACGCAAAUGCGCGAUGGAGGGUGACCUCGUGAAGGUAUUUGUUAAGCAUGGGGCGGCGCAGAACGGACCCGAGCAGGAUGAAGAGUCAGACAACGGGGAGAAAUUAAGCAACAAUAGGGGAUUUGUGGUGGAAAUCCUUGAAAAACGACACAGUCGUAGGUUUAUGGGAUCUUUCAUGCCACAUAUGCAAGGUGAUUCGCAAUAUAUUAAGAUGAGGCCGCGAGACGAUAGGAUUCCUUUUGUGAGAAUAUACAGGCAACACUGGCCCGUAGCACUAUUCCAGAAUGAUUUUAAGGAUAUACAGUCGGUUAUCUACCACGCGGAGAUAAUCAAGUGGAUAAAUGACGCUCCCGUUGGAAUUAUUCUGAAAUCGGUUGGACAGUGUGGAGAAUUGGAAGUGGAAAAUGAAUCCAUACUUUUAGAAUAUGACCUGGACAUUUCACCAUAUUCGGAGAAAAUCAUCAACGGUUUACCUCCGUCUUCGUUCCAAAUACCACAAAAGGAGCUAAGCGAGAGAAUUGACCUUCGCGAUGAAUGUGUAUUUACGAUUGAUCCUCUCACUGCCAGAGACUUAGAUGACGCUUUAAGCAUCAAGCUACUGAAGAAUGGCAAUUACGAGAUAGGUGUGCACAUCUCAGACGUCAGCUAUUUCCUAAAGGAGGGCUCGAAGCUGGAUGAAUUGGUGAAAUUGAGAGCCACGUCAAUCUAUAUGGUGGACAACGUGUAUCAUAUGCUGCCGAAGCCUUUGUGCUUUCUUUGUUCGCUGCUACCCGGCGAAGAUAAGCUCACUUUUUCUGUUUUCUGGGAAAUUACUCCGGACGCCGAGAUACUUCAGACUCGAUUCGCGAAAACUGUGAUAAACUCGUGCACACAACUUGCGUACGAACACGCUCAGAUUAUGCUGGAUAAGCCCAAUGGGAAUCUUGAUGCGGCGGAUUUCCCCGAGAUACAUCAUGGCUAUAGCCCGAACUAUAUCAGUCGCAUGGUGAACCUCAUGCAAUCGAUUGCUGUUCAGCUAAGAGCGCGUCGAAUGCAAAAUGGCUGUUUGAAAAUCAAUCAACCGAAACUGACGUUCACUCUGGAUCCUAACAGUGGAAAGCCAACCGCAUUCGCUGUAUACGAACUAAAACCAGCGAAUCAAAUGAUCGAAGAUUUUAUGCUGCUUGCGAAUUCAUCCGUCGCCGAAUUUACCUACUCUAAAUUCGCUGACAUUUCAAUCCUACGCAGUCAUCUGCCACCCGCUCCUAACCCGAUGAAAGGAUUGGUUUCGUUUUUGGCCAAACAUGGACACCAAUUCCAAGUACAUACUUCCAAGGCAAUAACCGAAUCGCUGGAAGCGAUUGUCUCAUCUAGCCGACAUCCCGAUGCGGCCCUAGCAGCGAUGAAUGUGCUGCUUGCGAAGCCAAUGACACGAGCGAAUUAUUUCUGCUCUGCUACCGCUUCCCGGAGCAGCGAUUUCCAUCAUUUCGCACUUGCCAUCCCAAUGUAUACCCAUUUCACCAGUCCCAUCCGGAGGUAUGCCGACUGUAUGGUACAUCGGGUUCUCACCGCUGCGCUAGGAUUGUCCGAUCGGCCUGCGCGAACACCCGAUGAGCUGACCAAGCUGGCCGAUAUAUGCAACGAGAAGAAGUACAACGCCAAACUGGCGGGGGAGGCCAGUUCCCUGCUUUACUUCAAAUUUUACCUGAAAACCGUUGAGAAAAUCGACACAGAGGCAGCGAUUCUGGAUAUCAUGCCGCAUCAGGUUGAGGUUGUGUUGAUAGCUACCGGACAUGUCAUCAAGGCCACCUUCAAGCAACUAGCCAAGACGGUCGAUAUCCAAAUUGACAGAACCAGAACGCCCAUUCGUUUCUUUACAAUGACCUCCAAAGACGACACUUCCAGGGCUGCCCACAUCAGAGUGUUUUCCAAAGUGCGCGUGACAGUACAACUGAAAAAUGAUACGCUCAAUGUCACAAGCAUGGGUCCGGUGAAUUAAGUUCAAAUUCUACCUGAACUCUGAUAUCCGAUUGAAUCGUGGUCUAUCGAAUCUGAUUUGAUUUUACUAUGAUUCACAACGAUGGAGUCAUUUCGUUGGUAUUUGUUGUUUGUGUACCUUUUUUCAAUAGUUGGGUAGAUUGUUUCCGAAUUUUUUUUCAUCGGGCAUAAAUAUCACAAGGAGGGAAUGUCGUGCAUUACACAAUAUUGAACAAAAGUGCGAUUUUUCACGGGAUUUUUUUUCUUUAAUAUUGAUGCAUUAUUAAAUGUUUGAAACAAA